AUCGUUUAAUAACAAAUUAUUCAAGAUCUAUACUAAGCUUUAGUAAAAUAUUAUUUCCUCUUUAUCUCUGUUAAAGAAUUUGCAUAAUACUCUAAACCAGUUCUUACUCUAUGUAAACACAAAAUAAACGUGUUCAAAACCUUGAUGUUACGGUUCGGUUCGCGUAGUCUGGGAACUACCACUAAGCCGGUGUCGGUAGUCAAGUUGAACAUCAGUCUCUCAAGUCUCUGUGUCUGUCCCGUACAUUACGGUUGUGAUUGUUACAGAAGUCUUCGUGUACGUUGUUAGUGCUGUUAGUGUUUAUGAGCAAGUGUUAUUUUGAUUAGACCUCGUUAUCUUCAUCUGUAGCAAGGUAUCUGAUAGGAUUUAGUGAACUUUACAUGCAGCCUAGGCUGUUAUAAAUAGCAUAAUAUACCUAAUACUCAAAUAAAAAUACAAAUUAUAGUCUUGUUGAAUUUUGUAGAGGCAAUAAUUACAAUGAGUUCAAGUGAAGAUGAUGUUCCCUCGUCUAAAAGUGUUCGUCCCAGUAUAAUCAAACAUAAACAACAAAAGUACCGCUCCCAGUGGGAAAAUGAUGACCGAUUUAAGAAAUGGUUAGAGGCAGACAAAACUAAUGCUUUUAAAGCUCAUUGUAGACUAUGUAACGUAUCCAUGAAUGCCGAAUUAAUAGUUCUUAAAAAUCAUGAUAAGAGUAAAAAACACCAAGAAUUGAUGUUGAAUUUAAAACAUAAAUCCCAACCUAAAAUAACUGCUUUAGGGUUUGUUAAAAAAAUGCCGCAAAAUGUUAAGUCCCAAACGGUUGAAAUUAAACUUGCAGGAUUCUUUGCUGAACAUAAUAUAUCGUUCAAUGUAGCUGACCACUUAAUACAUUUAUUAAAAAAGUUAAUUGAUUAUUCUGAAACUUUAAAAAAUAUAUCACUAAAAAGAACAAAAUGCAAUGCUGUUGUAAGAAACGUAAUUGGCAAUACUUUCAAAGAACAGUUGAUUGAAAAAUUAAAAGAAACAAAAUUUUCUAUUUUGAUUGAUGAAUCGACUGAUAUCAGUAUGAUUAAGACAAUCCGACCGGCCGGACUAAGCGGCGGCCGAACUAACCGAGGCCCGAACUUACGGGAGUCUACUGUAGUUAGGUUUUUUGACAAGUUACAAGGAAAAGUUGUCAGCAAUUUUUUUGAACUCAAAUCAGUAUUUGACAGUUCUACGCCUGCCGCAGCUGAAGGAGGUGCAACAGCUGAACAUCUGUACAGCAUUCUGGAAGAUACACUUAAAAGUCAUAAUAUUCCAAAAGACAAUGUAAUUGGAUUUGCAUCAGAUGGAUGCAAUACCAUGAUGGGUGUAAACAACUCUGUUGCUAGUCGGCUAAAGGAAAAUUUUCCAGGAAUUUUUAUUCUUAAAUGUGUGUGCCAUUCACUGCAUUUAUGCGCUAGUGAAGCUUGCAAGAAACUCCCUAAAGAAUUGGAAGACUUAAUUAGGGGCGUUUUUAACUUUAUGCAUGGCAGUGCCAAAAGACUGUCACUCUUUCAGCAAUUUCAGAAGUUUCUCGACCUUGAUCUGCACAGAAUAUUGCACCCAUCACAGACAAGAUGGCUUUCUGUCAUGGCAGCAGUCGAACGCGUUUUAGAGCAAUGGAAUGCUCUUGAAUUAUUUUUUAUUGACAUCUUGGCCAAUGAUAAUUCCAGACAUGCGGAAGAGAUCUGUACAUGGCUCCAUGAUCCUUUCAUGAAAAUAGGGUGCGUCUGUCGGUCCGUGACAGCGUCAGGUGACUAUCAGCUGAGCGCCAGUGUUGGAGAGGUGGGGAGGGGCAGGGGAGCGGAGAGCUGUCGCGCCAGCCACCCACCAGGGCUGCCGGCUGCCAGGGGGUUGUUGCCAAUGUAA